GACGUAAUCAGGAAAUGAUCCUGGGUCAAACAGCUGAGUAGUGUUUUUCAUCAUUUGGGUUGACUGCAAGUUACUGAUGUGUAGCUCCUCAUUAGAAUCCAAAAACGCUGGAUUGCAUGUUGCGGUCAGCAAGCACUGGAUAAACUGACACUGAGGUUAGGUAAGGUUUAGGGGGGUUUGUACUCUUGGAGUCCAUUGUUAAAAUGGUACCCCUUCACGCUGCCUGUGCCUUGUUGAGCCUUGCACCGCUGCUGGUGCUUGGUGUUCCUCCCAUUUGGACCCAGCCAGAGCAGGUUCACCUCUCUUAUCCAGGAGUGCCAGGUUCAAUGGAAGUGACCUGGACCACCUUCAAUAAGACAGAGAGCCUGGUGGAAUAUGGCUUAGUGGGAGGCCGACUCUUUGAGAUGACUUCCAAAGGUUACAGCACUCUGUUUGUGGACUCAGGACAUGAGAAGAGACACAUGUACAUCCAUAGAGUCAUUCUAACAGGCCUCAAACCUGCUGCUACUUAUCUAUACCACUGUGGCAGUGAUGAAGGCUGGAGUGAUGUGUUCUCAUUUACUGCUCUGAAUGACAGCACAUGUUUCAGUCCUAAGUUUGCUCUUUAUGGCGACCUGGGCAAUGAGAACCCACAGUCUCUGGCUCGACUACAAAAGGAGACUCAGCUGGGCAUGUAUGAUGUCAUUCUACACAUUGGGGACUUCGCCUAUGACAUGCACGAGGAUAAUGCCAGGAUUGGAGAUGAGUUCAUGAGGCAGAUCCAGUCCAUAGCAGCCUACGUACCCUACAUGACCUGUCCAGGCAACCAUGAGGCUGCAUACAACUUCUCCAACUACAGGAACCGCUUCAGCAUGCCAGGCCAGACUGAGAGCCUAUGGUACAGUUGGAACCUAGGGUCAGCGCACAUCAUCUCUCUUUCCACUGAGGUUUAUUUCUACCUUGAAUUCGGCAAGGAGCUCCUCUUCAAACAGUAUGAGUGGCUGAAGAAAGAUCUGGAGGAGGCCAACCUGCCAGAAAACAGAGCAGUACGUCCAUGGAUCAUCACCAUGGGACACAGACCCAUGUACUGCUCUGAUGAUGACCUGGAUGACUGCACCAGAUUUGAUUCUUAUGUUCGGCUGGGACGGAACGACACCAAACCACCAGCACCAGGCUUAGAGGAUCUAUUUUACCGCUACGGGGUUGAUUUGGAGUUGUGGGCACAUGAGCACACAUAUGAGAGGCUGUGGCCUGUCUAUGGUGAUAAGGUGUACAAUGGGAGCUCUGAGCAGCCAUAUGUGAACCCCAAAGCUCCAGUACACAUCAUCACAGGCUCUGCUGGCUGCAGAGAGAAAACUGACACUUUCAAUCCAAACCCCAAAGAGUGGAGCGCUUUCCGCAGCACAGACUACGGCUACACCCGCAUGCAAGUAGUGAACACCACCCAUCUUUACUUGGAGCAGGUCUCUGAUGACCAGUAUGGAAAGGUGAUUGACAGCAUAUGGGUGGUGAAGGAAAAACACGGCUUCUCUGCCUGGUUCUGAAGACUCCCAUCCUGACAACAUGUCUGCUCAGAUAAUGCACUUUACAUUUUAAUUAAACACAUUUUUUGCUGUGAACCAUUAUAGACUGUUGAUUCAAAUCACUCAAGUUUUUCUAUCCUGUUUUUUAUCCAUCAGGAGCAUGAAGUAUUAGUUUUGAAUGCUAUAUGUGUGUUCAUGAAAUUGUAAAUAAUCUGUAAAUGCUCUAAAAAGUGUAUCGUAUGUGGUUUUACAUUUGAAUAAAUUCUGCUUUUUCUAUUGAUU